UUUUUUGUUCUAAUCCCGCUUGAUUCAGUUUUUAUACGGCCUCUAAAACGCUUCGCAUUUAGAAUAGUGAUUGAGGUGCCCAGAGGUGACUUUAAUUUUCCAUUGAGCUGAGACGUCACAGCCAUCAUGACAGUUAAGAACUGAUGCCGCGCCUUUGUGGUAAUAAUGGGUUCCGGCCUUUGAGAAGUUUGCGCCGUUCACUAGCCCCUGCAAGGAGAAGAUCAACUUAUUCUGUUCCCUGUCUGUUCAGAGGACUUUACCCACACGCCGUAUCUGUCUGUGUGAACUCAAGCCUCUGAUAAUCUCUCCAUUUUCUGCCAGGGCUGACGUGUCUGGAAAUCGGACAGUUUUAAGAGGCCUCUGUCCACAGCGUCUCGCGGCUCCUGUGCCGUCUGUACGUCACGUACUCAAAGAUGGCCGCCCCCAGAGCGGCGAGGCGACUCCGGCGCGGACGUUUCUUCUGAGGAAAAGCCGUAAGGCCGCAUUCCGCUCUCCAUGGAAACGCGGGUGACCCUCCCUUGAGGUUUAGUGGGGAGGGAGCUGGGCGAGGGGCCCAGAAGCGUAAGAACUUUAGGGAAGUAAGUUCAGUCUUUAAGAAGUCGCAGCAAUUCCAGGGAGAGUCAGUCUACAGGUCCUGGCUGCCCUGGGAAGAGACAAGAAGUGAAUGAAGAAAGAGGAAGAUUCCAGGACCUAGAUAAUGAUUUUUGUGGACACUCUUCACUGAUGACUGAGGUUUCUAACUAGAAAUUUAAGGCAGAUCCAGAGGAGACAAAGACAGAGUAUCCCAGGUGCUGGCCAUUUCCCACAACUGAAGAAAAUGAUCAAUGCCCAGGAAUUGCUGACGCUGGAGGAUGUUACUGUGGAGUUCACCUGGGAGGAGUGGCAGCUCCUGGACCCUUUUCAGAAGGACUUGUACCGGGAUGUGAUGUUGGAGAUCUACAGCAACCUGGUAUCAGUGGGUUAUCAAGUCAGCAAAGCAGAUGCACUCUCCAGGUUGGAACGAGGAGAAGAACCAUGGACAAUGGAAGAUGAAAGGCACAGUCAAAUCUGUCCAGAAAACAACAAAGUUGAUGAUCAUCUGCAGGAUCACUUGGAAAAUCAAAGGAUGCUGAAGAGUGUGGAACAAUACCAUGAACGUAACGCAUUUGGAAAUACUGCCUCUCAAACCAAAAGCCAUUGUCUUUUCAGGGAAGAUCAUGAUACAUUUGAGUUAUAUAUAAAAACUUUGAAAUCAAAUUUAAGUUUAGUCAACCAGAGCAAAAGCUGUGAAAUUAAGAACUCUACUAAAUUUAAUGGAGAUGGAAAAUCAUUUCUUCAUGGUAAGUAUGAAGAACUUUAUUCUGCAGCUAAAUUCUCUGUAAGCACAAAAUCCAGCAGCACUAAAUCCCAAGUCAGUAAGCAUCAGAGAACUCAUGAAACAGAAAAAACCCACAUAUGCAGUGAAUGUGGGAAAGCAUUUGUCAAGAAGUCACAGCUCACUGAUCAUGAGAGAGUUCAUACAGGAGAAAAACCUUAUGGAUGUACUUUUUGUGCAAAAGUGUUCUCCAGAAAGUCCAGGCUAAAUGAACAUCAAAGAAUUCAUAAAAGAGAGAAAUCUUUUAUAUGCAGUGAAUGUGGAAAAGUCUUCACCAUGAAGAGCCGUCUGAUUGAACAUCAGCGAACUCAUACUGGAGAGAAACCCUACAUAUGCAAUGAAUGUGGAAAAGGCUUCCCGGGCAAGCGUAAUCUCAUUGUACAUCAGCGAAAUCAUACUGGAGAGAAAUCCUAUGUAUGUAGUGAAUGUGGAAAAGGCUUCACUGGGAAGAGCAUGCUUAUCAUACAUCAGCGAACUCAUACAGGAGAGAAGCCGUACAUCUGUAGUGAAUGUGGGAAAGGCUUCACCACAAAGCACUAUGUCAUCAUACAUCAACGAAAUCAUACAGGAGAGAAACCAUAUAUAUGCAAUGAAUGUGGGAAAGGCUUCACCAUGAAGAGCCGUAUGAUCGAACAUCAACGAACUCAUACAGGAGAGAAACCGUAUGUAUGCAAUGAAUGUGGAAAAGGCUUUCCCAGGAAGAGUAAUCUCAUUGUACAUCAGAGAAAUCAUACAGUAGAGAAGUCAUAUCUAUGUAGUGAAUGUGGAAAAGGUUUUACUGUGAAAAGCAUGCUCAUCAUACAUCAGCGAACUCAUACUGGAGAGAAGCCCUACAUAUGCAGUGAAUGUGGGAAAGGCUUCCCCUUGAAGAGUCGGCUGAUUGUACAUCAGCGAACUCAUACUGGAGAGAAACCUUACAGGUGCAGUGAAUGUGGGAAAGGUUUUAUUGUGAAUAGUGGACUGAUGCUACAUCAGCGAACUCAUACUGGAGAGAAACCAUACAUAUGCAAUGAAUGUGGAAAAGGUUUUGCCUUUAAGAGCAAUCUUGUUGUACACCAGCGAACUCAUACUGGAGAGAAACCCUUUACGUGCAGUGAAUGUGGAAAAGGCUUUACCAUGAAACGCUAUCUUAUUGUACAUCAGCAAAUUCAUACAGAAGAGAAAUCUUGUAUAUGUAGUGAAUGUGGAAGAGGCUUUGCCAUGGAAACUGAGCUUGCUUUACAUAAGCAAGUUCAUACUGGAGAAAAACCUUAUGGAUGCAAUGAAUGUGGUAAAGGCUUCACUGUGAAGAGCCGUCUAAUUGUUCAUCAACGAACUCACACAGGAGAGAAACCCUUUGUAUGCAGUGAAUGUAGAAAAGCCUUCUCCUCAAAGAGAAAUCUCAUUGUACAUCAGCGAACUCAUAAUGGAAAUAAACCCUAACAAUGCAAUGGACGUGGUCAUGCCUUUGGGAAGAAAAUAUGUCUUGUACACCAUCAGUGAUUUAACAGUAUAGUUUUUAUGUGUAUUGAGUAUGAAAAAUCAUAUUUCAAAAUCCAGUGUUAUCCACUAGGAUAAAUGCUAUCAAUGUCAGAAAGGCUUCAACAUGAAUUCAGGCUCUGAAAUCUUUGAUGUACCAAUGUAUAGAAAAUAACUCAUCUGAGAGAGAUUCUGUGCAUUGGGGGUAACUUUUCAUUUGUCAAACUUCAUUAAAACUAUGACAACAUCCAUAU